AUGUUAAAAAAUUCAAUGUCAACAUUGGUACUACCAAAUUUUUAUGCAACUGCAGAGAAUUGUUUAAAUUUUCGGGAUAGUUUAAAUGUAGAGCCAAAUCUAUCAAACUUACCACCUGUAUCUAAUUGGAAUUAUGAAGAUCAUAAUAAUAAUAAUAAUACUACAUAUAUAUCUAGUCUUAAUUUACAAACAUCUCUUCCUAAUAUAAUUGAUCAUCAUGUGUUAUCGACAAAUCAUUCAACAAGUCAUUAUCAAACUGCACAAACUUUAUUAAACUCCUCGAGUAAACAAUCCUUACCAUCAUCAUCCUCAUUAUCAUUCCAUGUUCCAUCUUAUGCAGAUAGUGGUUGUUUAAGUUUGAAUGAUGAAACAAGUAUGCUCAAUGUGAAACAUUCUACUUCUACACCUGUACAUGAACUGGACAAUGACAACAAUGUAACGCCUACAUCACAAAUGAAUACAACUACAAUUAGUCCAAUUAAUAUUGAUAAUUUAGAUAGUAUGAUGAUGAUGACAAUGAUGAAUGAAACACAAAUUAUGGUUGUCUCACCGAAUAAUCAACAAAACAAUCAAAUGCCAAUGAAAGAAUCUAGUGAAAUAACACCGUUCGCUACUACUGCAUCUACUACUACUAAUACUACUACUGCUACUACUACAAAUACUAUUACUACUACUACUACUACUAAUAAUAAUAAUAAUAAUACGAACAACACUACUUUUACUGAUGCCAACAAUAAUUAUUCAACUGAACAAAAAUCAUUAAUAGUAGUUAAUUAUUGUGAAGAGAAUCAAACACCUUUGAUAAAACAAUCCAUGGAAGAGUAUAAAAGAAAUUUUGAUCUAUUAAAUACAUCAUCGAAUGUGAUUAAAACGAAACAACAGGAUGAAACAAAUCUAGAUGAAUCACAUUCAGAUAGUGAAUUAAAUUUAAGCACAGAAUCAAUUAAUCGAAAGAAUCGUGCCGAAGUGAAAAUACAACCAUAUGCUCUACGUGGUAAUGUCGAAGUGUUUCGUUGUCCUUUAUGUUCAAAAGAUGAAAUAUUUAGUCGUGGACAUUUAACAAAUCAUUUACAAGAUCAUCAAAGUAAUUUUAAACGUGAAGACUAUAAACAUGUUUGUUGUUUUUGUUUCAGUGAAUUAAGUUCCAAUAGUUCAUUGGAACGUCAUUUAUUAACUCAUACAAAUCAUCGUCCAUUCAACUGUAAUUUAUGUGAUAAAGCAUUUACAACCAAUGGUAAUUUAAGUCGACAUAUUCGUACAUCACAUCAGGUGAAAGCAACCACAGGGAAUAAUUUAACUUCAUUCACUUCAACAAUUUCAACAUCCUCACCAACUAAUCAGCCAGUAGCACAACAAUCACCACUAUUCUUACCUAAAUGGUUUCAUUCUUCAAAUAGUUUACGUGUCCCAUCUAGUUCUAAUACUCAUAACAAGCCAAAAUCAGCUGUUCAAUAUACCACUGAAUUAAAUGGUUAUCAAGAUGUUAACAAUGUACAAAAAUCAUCAUUAAAAUCAUUCGAUUCAAAUAAUUAUGGAAUGAAUUCAUCAAAAAAGUUCAAAAUUCAUUCAGGAAAUGAUCAUCUGUUAGGCAAUGUCGAAAGUAAAUGUAUGCCAAAUUUGAAUUUAUUUCAGUCCACUUCCAAUUCAAACAACAACAACAACAGCAACACUAUAAAACAAUCUAAUUUGAAUAUCAAGUCAUGUUUGAACACUAUACAAAAUACACCAUAUUAUUUCAAUGAAACUAUACAAACAGAACCAAUGAAAUUUACAUCAACUGAUUCAGAAGAAUAUCAAGCAGACAAUUUAUCAAACUUAUCAACUAGUUAUUCAAAUAAUUUAAUGGAUUGGUCAACAAGUUACAUGAAAACUGAACAACAACAACAGAAUAAUGAUAAUGAUUUAAAUAAAUUUAAUGAAACCGACAAUUGGUCGUCAUCUUAUAAAUUCAAUACAACUUCAACACUACUUCAAUUAUUUUCAAAUUAUUGGUUACAAUUAAGUAAAAAUGGUAUGUUAAACAGUACUACAACAUCUCAUGCAAGUCUAGAUGCAAGAGCAAUUCUUCCUAGUCUACUGCCUUCAUUUUUAUCUAAAAGCAAUGUGACUAAUAAUAAUAAUCUGUUCAGGUCAAAUAAUCUAUCCUCAUCAUCAUCGAUUAUCGAUAAUGAACAUGAAAUGACUGAGGAGAAAUUUCCGCAUUGUUUAUCUACUAAUUCCGAAUCGCCAAGAAUCACCAUCCACGAAAUCCCAUCAUUGAUGACAAAUGAAACUGAAGAUCAGUUGAUUGAUAAAUUUGAUAAAACUUAUGAUUUUAAUCCGACAGACUAUGAUGUUAUUUCUUCAUCACCUAAUUUAAAUCUUGAAAUGGGCUGUUUUCAUCAGAAACAAUUAAACUGUGUUAAUAAAAUAAAUCGGAAUAUAAGAAAGAGACCUCGAGUUGCGAAAUUGUGUUCCAGCAAAACAUUUUCAGUUCGUUAUAUUUUGGCUAAAAAGAAGAAAAGUCUGUCAAUAAUAGGGAAGAGAAGACAGACAAGAAAAAUUGCAGAAAUGAAAUUUCAACCUUUGAAUGCAUUACACUUUGAUUGUGAACAGAAUAAACCAUACAAUUUGAAACAAGACGAAUUAGGUGAUAAUCCAUUUUCGCCAUAUCGAUCAAAAAUUUCACAAAGUCAAAAUCAGUUUAUGUUAACAAAUACUAACUAUGCAUUUUCACCAAAUCAUUUAUCCAAUGCAUCUAGUAGACAAUCACCAUCACUUGUUCAUUAUAAUUACAAUGAUCAUUAUUUAGCUGAUAUAACAGAAUUACAAAACUAUACUCAAUCGCUAGAAUCGAAUUCUGACGAAGUACUAGAUCUUUCAUUGCAUAACAGAAGACAAAAUACCAUUACUUGGAGAAAAAACUCGGAUGUUUGUUUAAAACCUCCAGUGUUUACACCGAUUAAUACAUCUGAUACUUUGUAUUCAUCGUAUACAACCACGAAUAUAUUAACUCAAUCAGAAAUGGUCAUAAAAUCAUCUAAUCAAGAAUUAAAUCUAAACAAUAUUUUACAUGAUAUUUACAGUCUACCGAUUAUGCAACAUAUGAAAACAUUGUCCACUUCAGUUAGUAAUGAAUAUAACAGUGAUACAGCUGCUGAUAUUACUACCAUCACUAAAAAUACUUCAUCAAACAUGUUAUCAUUACAAGGAAAUACAUCAAAUAUGAGUAAAAUAUUUCCAGUUAAUUCAACUAUUCCAACAACACUGACUCAAAAAAAGAAUUCUUAUAAAGAUGCACCUAAAUUAAUCACUUGUCCUAUAGCUGGUUGUCAGCAAAAAUUUCCAUGGAACAGUUCAUUAAAACGACAUAUUUUAACGCAUACUCCUCAUAAACCAUUUGCAUGUACAAGAUGUACAAAAUCAUUUUCAACUAAAUCGAAUCGUGAACGUCAUAUGGAACGUGUUCACCGAGUCAGUUUGAAACGACAACGUCAACGUUUUCAUCAAUCAAGUAUGAGUAUACAAAGUCCUUCUACUGGUGAUAAUCGUUCUGAAUUAAGUGGUCAAAAUUCGAAUCUAAAUUCUAUUAGUCGAACUAAUAUGGGAGACAAUGAUCUAGAACUUGAUAAUAUUGAAGAAUUGAGAGAGGAUGAAAUACUAUCAAUGAAUUCCAAUGAAAAGCAAGCAGAGGAUAUCAGUAAUAGCCUGUUAAUACGAGCUGGUGAUCCAGUAGUAGAACCUAAUCCUGAAAGACUCUAUAACGCAGCACUAUUAGCAGUGGCAAAUUCAACAAGAAGUGGUUUAACAAAUUAUUUAAAUAGCACUUCGACUUGUAUAAAUGACGUUUCUCAAAGUAUUCUGCCAGCUAUUUCAGUUCAGUUAAGGCGGACGGGAAGGGUUGGUAGGCGUCCUAGGCGUGGUAACAUGGUGAACAUGCGAAGCAGUGUUCUGGAUAGAAGCGAUCAAAUGACAUUCCGUACAAUUCCUCAAACGAGUAAUACGCAUAAUGCUCUACUUGACGAUGUCACAGAACCACCAGUGGAUUUGUCGAUGCAUUCAACAUCGAAAAACACAUCUUCAAUACUUUCUUGUCCAGUUUGUUCAGUACCAGUUGCAAGUAGGUGUUUUCGCCGUCACCUUACACUACAUCAGAUAGAAAACCCAGUUUUCAGAUGUCAUUUGUGUCAACUUACAUUCCAGGACCAAGCAUCGACUUUAACACAUUGGGCUAUGGAGCACCCAAACGAGUGGGCUAAAUUUAUCAAAAAACAAAGCUCAAAUGAAAGAUCAACUGAUCUUUUAACUCAAAUACAAUUAACUUUCAGCAAAAGCAAUCAGGCAAAUGUUGAAUCAGAGCGAGAAAAUGAAACUAAUACAAACGUACAGGAGUUAAAAGAUCCAAUUAAUUAUUCCAUAAAGAUAGCCAAUUAUGAUAUGCGUUAUGUGUCAUGUUGUGUUUGUCUUCACCGCUUUGGCAGUCAACAAGAUUUACAACGGCAUAUGAGAUCACACACUGGUGAGCGACCUUUUGUUUGUCCUCAUUGUGGAAAAGAGUUUUCUUUGAAACACAGUAUGCAUAGACAUGCUCGUGUUCAUAUUAAGGAAAGUGUCAGAGUAAGUAAUUCUAAAAACACUUCAGCAUCUACAGCCGGUCAUUCAUGUGCUCCCGUUAAAUCAGAGGAGUUAAGCUAG